AUGUGCUCAAAUGCAGAAGAUCUAAAGCGAAGGGCAGAAUGGGAUGGUGCCAGUGGAACUUCACGACAAAAGUUGCUAUUGGAAUUACAAAAGUACAUCUCUCCGGCUAUUAUGGUACCUGAGCAUCGUCUGGAGACAUUACUUGAACAAGCGACAGCAUUUCAACGUAUGUCCUGUAUAUAUCACAAUACGGACGAAUAUAUCUCCUUAUAUUCGGAUCACAUUUGUGACAGGUCACAGUUUCCCAUGGAAACAACGCAUGUUUUUAGACAGCACACCGAUGAAGUGUGGUACGUUGUUUUUUCAAACAAUGGAAAAUAUUUGGCUUCGGCAUCUAAAGAUAAAACAGCGAUCAUUUGGAGUCUGGAG